CUGAGUCUGCAUAGAGGAGAUGUUGUAAACAGCAGAGGAGACUUUCUCACACUUUGCUUUCCCGUCUAUGAAACAAGCUUUCUGUCACAAUGUGGAAACCCGCCGCAGGACCUAAAAGCACCGUCAGCUCCGCCGCUGCAGCCGCGGUCACCUGUCUGCUGGUGACCGGGACGCUGGUCGUCACCGUCGGACGCCCGAGCAGCGGAGACCCGGUGGAGCCUCCAGCUGGAGGGAGAGCCUUCUCGGCGUACUUCAAGAAACUCACCCGGGAGAGGAGAGCGAUCAGCGGCCCGCCGAGGAGGAGCGCUCCCCCCGGGCCGGUGGAGCGGCUCUCCCCGGACGACCUGUUCAUAGCGGUGAAGACCACCGGGAGAUAUCACCGGCAGAGGAUGGACCUGCUGCUGGACACCUGGAUCUCCAGGAACAUGCAACAGACGUUCGUGUUCACUGAUGGAGAGGACGAGAAGCUGAGGAAAAGAUUGGGAGCUCACCUGAUCAACACCAACUGCUCAGCGGCCCACAACCGUCAGGCCCUCUCCUGUAAGAUGUCUCUGGAAUACGACACUUUCAUCAACUCUGGCAGGAAGUGGUUCUGUCACGUGGAUGAUGAUAACUACGUGAACGUGGGCUCCCUGCUGAAGCUCCUGUCUCAGUACAGUCACACUCAGGACGUCUACAUCGGCCGGCCCAGCCUCGAGAGACCCAUAGAGGCCACGGAGAGGCUCGGCACCACCCAGAUGAAGCAGGUGCGUUUCUGGUUCGCCACGGGUGGAGCAGGAUUCUGUCUCAGCCACGGCCUCGCUCUCAAGAUGAAACCCUGGGCGAGCGAUGGCGCCUUCAUGGCGACGGCUGAGCACAUCCGCCUCCCGGACGACUGCGCCGUCGGUUACAUCGUGGAGGCGCUGCUCGGCGUGAGCCUCAUCCGCUCGCCGUUGUUCCACUCCCACCUGGAGAACCUGGGGCUGGUGUCAGACAUACACAACCAGGUGACUCUCAGCUACGGCACAGUGGAAAACAGCAGAAACACCGUCAGCCUGCAGGGACCAUUUUCAAUAAAUGAAGAUCCUACAAGGUUCAGGUCGGUCCAUUGUCUGCUGCACCCAGACGACGCUCGCUGCCCGAGACCACGGCCGCUCUAACGCCCAUCCAGAGACACCGACAGUAGGGUGGAGGAGGAGGGAGGAGGACGGAGCGUCUGGGGUUAACUUGAAUGUUCUCUGAUGGAGGAGGAAGUUACUGCAGACGUCCAGGAGUGAGGAGAAGGAGUCUCACUGCUGCCCUCUUCUGGCUCCACCGAGAGGCCCUGAAACAUUUUGACAUAAAUGUUUUCCUCUCGUCCAACAGCAGACUGAGUGGAAAACUGACUUUUUAUUGCUUUGUGACACCUGAACUUUGACCCUGUGAAUUUUUUGUGGGUGUCAAAAGGCCGAAAACUGCAACAGGAGAAGAAGACUUGUGAAAAUUCUUGGAUAUUAUGAGAAAAUGGAGAGACAAUUUCUUCAUUUUUAGCUCCUGAGAGUGGCCUUUUUUUUAUCAGUUAUGAUAACAUUGUGUGCUCAACAAAGUAACGGCUGAGAUCCAGGCUCAGCUACAACAAUCACAGAUCAAUCAUUAAUCAAACUCAAAAAGGACAAAGCUGAACCAUGAAGUCAUGUUUGCCUUUAUUUUCUAUUUUGAGUAAGUUUGACAGUUUUAGCCGCUCCAAAUGUCUUUUUAGUCGUUCUGUCACUUUCACAGAUCUCCGUUAUUAACGUGGUGAGAGACAUUAUUGUUAUUGAGGAGAGAAAUGGAGGCAAACAGUGUGAAAGUAGCUGUUUAGUGAUAUUUCACUCUGAACCAAAGUGCUGGACCAACAGACGACCGGACUGCUCAGCUUUACAUCGCAUUCUCGUACAUUUCCGGUGUCUCCUCUCCACCUUCUGAAAAAAAUGAUUUGGAUGAUUUUGAUUAUGUGUGAAUACGUUACCGUGUUGCCCAGCCUGCACCCCCCCACAUGGAUUCAACACAUGGCACUGUUACGGUGAAAAGAUGAAGGAUCGAAUCAGGAAAUGUUUUUAUCUUGUCAGCGUUCAGUAUUAUCUUUUUUCUCUCUGAAGGAUGUCAUCAUGUCUGAGCACUUUGCUGUUUUAUUUCUGCUGUUUUGCGAUUCAUAAUUUGAAGAAGACAUUUUUUUUUUUAACAAUUUGGAUAAAUGCGCUCGUUAUUUUACUUGACGAGAGUUAGAUUACGGGGUUAUAUCUGAGCUUUAGAGUGGCUGGUAGACUGAAUGUGUUUCCUCCUGUUUUCAGUCUUUGUGCUAAGCUAAGCUAACUGGCUGCUGGUUCCAGUUGCAUAUUUGCGGUGUACACAUGAAUAAGGUGUACACGUCUUUUCAUAUAAAUCUUUGCAAUAGAUCAAAUAAGAGUAUUUCCCACAAUGAACAGACUAUUCUUUUACAAAAUCUCAGAACCAAUCACAUAUUGUCAACAGUCCUGUUUCAGAUUAUUAUUCUUAAAAAAAGCCAUUAUUACGUUAAACUGCUUCGAAAAAGGUCACACGGCAGCAGUGUAACAAAGAAUGACUCAUGUUGGGUCGUCUCUUAUCUUUCUGUGCAUUGAAAGCAUUUGUUACAGAUGAGUAAAAGUUAUUAAGUUAAACUCUGUCCCUUUGUUAAAUGAAUGUAUAUGAUGAACUGUUGCUUCUGAAGCGUACCUGCUCUCUCCAGUAUCUGGACUGUAUGAAA